GAGCAGCGCUGCCUGUUGCGCCGAGCGGAGCGGAGCCGCCGGGGCCACACGCCGAGAAGUUUUGCGGGAAGGCGCCGCGAUGCAUGCUUCUAAGAAGGGUAUUGACCAUGAGGAAGCCUGUGUGCUAGUAACCAGUGUUUACUAAUCCCGCCAAAGAAAAUGAAGCCACGUUUCAGCUUUGCCGAUCCUUUUCCCACCCUGUUGGCUGAAUAAGAAAUGGUUGUGUGAUUAUGCUGACAGCCCAGCAUGCAUUUGGUAGACCUGUGGUUAACUCGUUCCCUCUCCAUGUGUCUGCUCUUACAAAGUUUUGUCCUCAUGAUACUGUGCUUUCAUUCUGCCAGUAUGUGCCCAAAAGGCUGCUUCUGUUCCCUCUCCGGAGAUCUGAACGUCAGCUGUAGCAAUGCAAGCCUCAAGGAGAUACCCAGAGAUCUUCCUUCAGACACAGUCUUACUUUAUUUGGACUCCAAUCAGAUAACAUCUAUCCCCAACGAAAUUUUUAAGGACUUGCACCAAUUGAGAGUCCUCAAUUUAUCAAAAAACGGGAUUGAGUUUAUUGAUGAACAUGCCUUUAAAGGGGUGGCAGAAACCUUGCAGACUCUGGAUUUGUCCGACAACCGGAUUAAAAGCGUGCACAAAAACGCUUUCAACAACCUGAAGGCCAGGGCCAGAAUUGCCAACAACCCCUGGCACUGUGACUGCACGCUGCAGCAGGUGCUGCGGAGCAUGGCCUCCAACCACGAGACGGCCAACAACGUCAUCUGCAAGACCUCUGUGCUGGAUGAGCACGCGGGGAGGCCCUUCCUCAACGCUGCCAACGAUGCCGACCUCUGCAACCUCCCUAAAAAGACUACUGACUACGCCAUGCUGGUCACCAUGUUUGGCUGGUUCACCAUGGUGAUCUCCUACGUGGUUUAUUACGUGCGACAGAACCAGGAGGAUGCAAGGAGGCACCUGGAGUACUUGAAAUCCCUGCCAAGCAGGCAAAAGAAACCAGAUGAAGCCGAUGACAUUAGCACUGUGGUAUAGUAUUCUGAAUACAAUGACUGCCUUUGUGAUGGGAACUAGAGUCGGAUGACGCUAAAACCAGAGGUUUACUUCUAACGUUCAUUGUAAACAUUAAGACUUUUGGGGCUUUUUUUUUCCUGUUUAACUGAAUUACGCCACUGUUGAGCUUUCUAACAGAAAGUUUUGUCCGGGUGGUAAGCUUCAAUUAUUUCUCUGGUGAUAUCCUAAAGCAAGUGAAUUAAUAUGUAAACAUUAGUUUAGACCCAUUCCACUAUUUAAUAACGAAAUUUAUUUUUUUAAUUUAAAAACCAAAUAAAAGCUUAAAUUUGAACCAUGUAAAGCAGAGUAAUUUAUUGAUCAGAAACCUGUCUAGUGCCAGAGCACUUUUGGCUCGUUCAGUGUCUGUGAGGUAGAGGAGAGGAGUGAUGAUGAAGUGGGCUGUGAGAGGUACAGGAUUGGAGAGUCCCCAAAGGGCACAUCCCACCCAUGGAUGCAAGGUGAGCAGCUGGUGAAUGGUGGCCCAUUUUGUGGGCUGCCUGCCACAGCCCACAAGAAAGGGGAAAGGGGCACAGUGUGGGAGAGCAGAGUGCCCAGACUCCGAGCGUAAGGGACUGAUGCUUGCUUAACCUCUCAGAGGGCAUUUUGGCAGUGCUGGGGAGGAGGCAACCUGGAGGAGCUGCAUCUCAGGACAUCAAAGAGAGGUAAGCCAGGGGCAUGUGGUGGUUUUUGUCUUACACUCACUUACUGCCUUGCAUGAGCUCCAGGCAUGACCUCUGCACUGGGGAGUACAGCAAUAAGGCAACAGCAAGCUUAAUAUGCUGGUCAAACUAGAGUAUCACCAGUGAUAAUUAAAAAAAAAAUCUGGUGGGUUUAAGCUGUAUAUUACUUCAUUAGUAAAUGUGGCUUCUAUUUUUUAAGAAGUAGCCUUCUAAAAACUUGAAGGAAGUAAAUUAAUAUAUAGGCUAGGCAUAUUCUAUUCUGUGUUAUUAUAUAUGUAUGUUUUUGUAUGAUUUUGUGACUAAAGAUUUGGGAAAAUAGAAAGUCCACAUGAAGUUAAACUCAGCCUUGCAUAUGAAAUGGAUAUUUUAUAUUUCUGCUGUCUUUAAAAAUGCAGUGUUUCUCUCUCUUCAUAGAUAAAAUUUUCAAAGGGAACAAAUCCACAAGAACGUAUUCCUCCUGUCUUUUAUGACUAUAAUGGAAUGAUGCUUGUCUCUGCAUCCCUACAGAUUCAGUCUAACUGACAUUGGAAUAUGUAUUACAGAAGGUUGGAUUAAAAAAUGUAUAAAACACUGCUUUUCAAGAGAAAGUGUUAAAGGUCAGCCUUAAAAAUAUGUAAAAACCCUCCAGAGCAAUCUCUCAGAUUAGUUUAUCUAUUAUUUCUGUUACAGUUUUGUUACAAGGGCAGAAGCUUGUUUAUCUUAUUUUUUUUCAGAACACUGUUAAAAUAAUAGCUAAAACUUGUUGCAAAGCAAGUGACAGAACGAGAAAAAAAUUAAAUGGACAUAGAGUCAACUUUUUAUGUCAUUUUUGCACCCUUCAUAGGGUGAGUCCUCGUGACUGACUUAGCCGUUUGCAUACCUCCAUGAGCAGCUUUUAGCAAAUUAAGAGAAUGUUAAUGUUUGUAAAGGGGACUGUCUGUCCAUAAAACAACCACUGUCUGAUAUUUCUGUCCCUGCUGCUAACUCCCUUAAGUGAAAAUAUUAUUUUCUAAGGUGAGACUCUUGUUGAUGACACAUCCUCCUUAGUUAACAUUUUAUGCUUUCCUGUUUCCAAGCUCUAUGUGACUAUCUACCCAAGCCCCCCAAACUCUGUGUGGCCUCCUGCAGGACCCAAAAGCAGUAGGGUUAAAUACACAUGUGAGUCUGAAGAGAGCAGAUAAAAUGUUACACUGUAGUGGCAAUAUAACAAACUCUACUGAACAGGACAUGUAGGCUCUCUGUGUAGGCUGAGCAAAAUUACUUCCUGAUGUAAUUCCCCUAAUUUCUCUAAAAUUUCCUUCAGAGAAAAAUUGGUCUUAUUUCUGUCACUGUGUUCCCCAAGCGAUAUUUAGGAUUCCAGCUAAUAUGCUACUGUGGGAAAAAGCAGGGAGAACUAGCUAAAAGAUGACUCUGAGCUGGAGGUACUAAAAAUCAAGAAUUUGAUGUUGUUUAUUCACAGCUGAAUGCAGGAAUUUCUCCACAAAAUUUAAACAGAAUUAUUUAAACAACAUUUAAGAAAUCCUUAAAUGGUUUGUCUUAAAACACUUUUAAAAACAAUUGGCAGGUUUUAAAAAUUUAAUUUCAAGCAACAUUUUCAAAAAGAGCCCCUCUUCACAAAACUAACUAAGAAAAAUAUUAAUACGUUAUCUUUAGGUUUUCUGGUUUUUUUCUUUAUUACGUGAUCCAUGAGACAGGAUCUGGUAUAGUCUUACCCCGGCUGAACUUCUGGCUUUCCAGCUUUAAAUUCCGACCUGAAGAAAUGUGAACAAAGUUAAACAUUACUCUGUAGAAAUGCUUUGGAGGGAUGGUUCCAAAAAGAAAGAAGGUGCUUCUUUUUACUGUGUUUACUUCACACUUUUCUUUCCAAAACUACUGUCUCUAGAAAAGCCUAGGUGCUGCCCUUUGAAGUCAAUGGCACAAACUUUUAGACUUUUAUCAAAGUUAAACCCUUCAAGGAGCAAAACAAAUUUUGCUGAGAAAUGAGUAAUUUGAUAUAUUUUUAUCUAUAAUACCUUAGCAUGUAAAUACAGAUGAGCAGAAAUGGAUGUUUCCUUACUCACAGGAGAUAGCAUAUGGUGGAAAAUAAGAAGGGAUAUAUAUAAUACUGUGAUUUUUUUUUUCUAUUAAGAUGCAUCAGGACAAGUAGAGCUGGGACUUAAUGGCUUAAAUGUGAUUAAUUUCUCUACCCUGAUUUUGUUACAGAAAACAUCCAUAUUUUUGUUUCUAAAUGGUAAAAGAUAACUGUCAACAUUAUUUUUUUCUUUAAAAUAGUGGUGGUUUUUCUCUGCUAGUUUUCUAGUGUUAUGCUCUGUGGGUAAGAUCUGUGGUAGUGUAUUUGGUCUGUGUGUAUUAAGGCUCAGGCUUUAUGUGUUUAUUUUAUUCUUAAUUUGGUACACUAUGAGAUACAGAUCUCUUCCCUGUUAAUGUACAUUAUAUUCUUAAGUCUUUGGUAGCAAGAUUUUGCACUGCAAUUGCCAUGAAUUUCAGGGGUUGAGUAUGAACAGAAAAUGUGGUGAUCCACGUUCUGGUCUUCCCAGGAAAAAAAGAAGAGAAUAGAAUUUUUAUUUACCAAAUAGAUGCCAUGCAAAAAAUCUACCACAUUUGUUUCUAAGCUUGAAAGGGGAAAAUCAGAAGCAUUAGAAAGCAAAAAAAGGGAAGUUAAAGGAGCAGCUGUAGGCUUAAACACUUGAAGGUGUCAUGGAGUCUUGAAACGUUUAAAUGUGCAGUGAGGUCUUGGAGUGAAUCUAAAUCAAUUUUAAAAAGGAUGUCACUCUACUUCCACACCUGGAAAAGGAGCUAAACAAGAGUAGAUAUUUAAACUUUAGGAGGGAAAUCUAAAGAAGCAGAAUGUAGGAGAAUAUAAAUUCCGAGGUUACAUGUAAAGCUGUAGUAUGGGCAAAACAAAUGGGAACAUUUUUUCCUAAGCAAGUGAGAAACAAGAGUCCAACUAGAGCAAGAGCCAAGAGUUCAUCAGGUAUUAAGGGAGCAUUGUGAAUAGGUAGGGCAAAUGUUUUGAAAGAAACUAGGCUAGCUUUUGAGAAGGAAAAAGUCACCUAUCAAUUAGUUACUGGUUAAAAGAUAAGAAACCAAAGUAAGAAGAAAUAAUCUGUUGAUUUGAAGGAGAAUGGUUACUGAAAUUUCUGAGGUGUCCCACGGAAAUCAGAAGGAGAGCAGUGCUGUACAGUGUAUUCCUGGAGAAGGGAAUUGAUAAUGAGCUGAUAACAUUUGUGGGUUAUAAACUGUUAUGGAGGGCAGUCCAGCCUACAGCUAACUGUGAAGAAAUACAGAAGGUUCUUACAUUUCUAAGUUGGCAGAUGAUGAUAUAAAGAAGAUUGGAUUUUGUGUGAAUAAUUACAAAGUACUGCAGAUGGCACAUCUGAACAUGAGGAUAUUCUCUAAAUUGGCUGUAAUCAAAUGGAAAAAACAUCUUGGAGGCACAGUGGGAAGCUCUUCAAUGACAAACACCAGAAAUUAUUAGGAGGGAAAUAAUCAAACAGCGUGGUGGAUUGGCAUGAUAAACCACUGAAUAAAAUCUGUGAUGAACACACAUCUGGAGCAUUGCAUUUCAGUUUUCCUUGUCUUCAAGGAAAAUGAAAUUACUUCUGAAGUACUGAAUAUGUGGAGAAAGAUAAUAAGAUAAUCAAGGAUAUGAAGUUUGUUUCCAUAGGAGAAAACAUCUAACAUCCCCAGUCAUGGAGGUGAGAUGGCAUUAGAACUCACUGUAAUAAUUGGAGUAGUAAACAAAAGGGGAAUUCAGAAGCUCUGAUCUCUGUUUCUUGCAACAGAAAACAGCAGUUUGGUUAGACAAUAUCAGGCAGUGGAUGCUAGGGUUUUUUUAACAUUUUUGUAGAGAGCAUGCAUUUAAAUGAAAUACAGGUUAUUGUAGAGAAGAAAACAUAUUCAAAGGUAGGACUCCACAAAUUCCUGGAAGUUGAGGUUGUUACUAGUUAACAAUGCUAACUUUAUAUAGAUACAGUUCUCAACAAGGAAAGUCCCUGCUCAUCCUAGGAAGCAGGGAUGGUUUCCCUAGGAAAUGCUUACAGUUUUGUGCUUGUCUUACUCUCUGAGAUGCUGUUGUGGGUGUUUGUUGAGGAGAAGGGAAGGUGGCCUUGAUUUGUAUGGCACUGAUGCUCUCGUAUGUCCAUAGGGAUGAAAAUCAAGCUGCCUUCCUGAGAGGCUGGUAUUUGUAGCACAGACAAGGAGAUUUUCCGUGCAUGGACUGGGAAUGAAGUCCAGGAAAAGAAAAAUCCCAUGUAAGUGUUGGUGUCUACUUAAUGUGAAUUGCAGCACUAACUGCUGGACAAGGUUCAAGCACUCCGUGCCCAGUUGUGCCAAGACUGUGUUAACUAAAGGAGUGACAGCUUUCCACUGGGGAUAUGUGGAAAAAUUAAUUCAAACCUUGCUUGACAUAUUUAUGUAAAUUGAUACUAUUCUUACAGCUCACCUGGUGGUCCAUCUAGAAAGGAUGGAAAUUUCUCUGCAGGUUCUUCAUUAAAACGAAGUUAAGGACUUGAUUUUCACAAAGAAAUCCCUUCAUUGUUGUUUCUUCAAGUGAAAACUGGUGUGAUGAAUUCUUGAAAAUACAAGUACUUCACCAGUGCCACUUAUGACAGGGAAAUGCCUGGAAGAUUUGGUUUUGUUUUUCUGGAGUCAAUCUGAGGAGCAAAAGUCACCAACAAGCAUCAGACAGAGGCAUAUACAUGCCAUGCCAUAGAAAUAUGUGAAGGAGGUGUUUUUUGCAUGCCAGUGCAUCCAUGAGUAUGUACAUGUUCAUGUGCAGAUGUGUGGGUAUGCAUCUCUCAAGCUCAGUCACAUUUCCCUGUGUUAGUCGUGUUCAGUUAGCUGUACAUACACACGCAUGCAGAUAGAACAGUGUCUCCUUUGGAUGCUUUCAUUUCCCCUAUUUAAUCAUGAAAAGAGUUGCUUUGUUGCUUCAGAGCCAUGAUUCAUACUGCAUUUAAGCCAAGUACACCUCCAUCCUCAGCCUUUUGCAAUGCUCCCUGAUCCCAGUACCAGCUACACAGAGUGUGGAAGAAAAUGAGACGACACUGGUACAGCUCAUGCUGUUUCUGAGAUCCUUAGUCACAUCCAUUGGCUGCCAUAUCGAGCUGUUACAGACCUUUGUGAACAACGCUUUGUUUUCCGCUGGCUCAGAAAGCAAUACAACUUCCUAGAAAGCAAGAUAUUUAGGUGGAUGAUGUAAUGCCUUCAAACUCAUAAGGAACUGCCCUGUUAGUGAAAACUGGACAGUGCAACUGCAGAUCAUGUUCCUGGAUCAGUUCUCCUCUUUUGCAUUUGUAAAUGAGUAGGUUCUUGGCAUUACAAAUGUGUUUGGCUCUGUUUUUCUCCUAGGAGAUAGUUAUAACCCUUGGAGGAAAUUCCUUGAGUUGGCUGUGUGUCUGAAUACAGCUGCUAAUUCCAAAAGAAAUGCCAGAAUGAAAAAUGAGAUGGUUUUAAGAUUUCCCUACUACAAGGAAACUUGAGAAGCAGUUAAGUUUUUGGAAAUCAAACUUCAGAAUGUAUUAUUCUUAGUGCUGAUUGAGGUUUUAAAAGCACAUUGUGAGAAUCCUGCUGCUUUGGUGGGGCAGUCUGCAAGCAGAUUUCAUAACAAAGCAGCAAUAUCCAAAGCCUGUUAGGGGCAGAUUAAACAGGACAUUGAGGAGAAAAAACGUCAAAACCAAACCAACAUGACAAAAUCACUAACAAUAACAACAAAACCCAGAUAAGCAGAAAAACCAACCAAACAAAAAGUCCGCGUUAAACCAUCUGUUUAGGUAUCUUCAUCUUUCACAAUUAGUAGCCACUGCCUAAUAAUGAAAGAGUUUGUGAUCUCUUGAAUUCUUCAUAGCUCUGUUUUAAUUUGGAAAAAAUAGGUCUGUUUAAAUACAUCUGCCCUAACACUGUUAGUUAUGAGCUGACACUACUCAUAUUUAAAUGGAGAUUGAAACUGAACAUAUUGGCUAAACCUUGUCUGCACUGUGGUCUGUUUCUAUGCCUGUCUGCACAUCUGUAAAAAAACCUUUAGGUAUAUAUUAGAAAAAUACACAUUUUCUGUACAUAGAUGCGGUUAUAAAAUCAUGCUCUUUCAAAUAUGCUUUGGAAGUUUUUAAUAUAUAAAAGCAAGGGAAAAGUUGGAAGGAAGAACAGACCCCAGAACUUUCAGAUUGCCUUCAGGUAUCAAAGCAGGACAAAAAGGAGAGGAAAAAAAAGCCCUAUCAAAACCUAUUCUUUUUUUCUUCCUUUGAGGAUUAGCUUUGUGCUCAAAGCUACAUUUCAUGGUUUACCAAUUUUUUAUUUCGGUACCUUAAGCCAGAUUAGCAUUCACUUUCAGCAAAGUCUCUUAUAAAUGGAGUUCUUAGCUACAGAGGAUACUGAAACAUAUCAUGUUGUCUGAAAAAAAAAAACCUGUGACUGCAACAAAUAAGCCCUCUAGACAGUAUCUCUAUACCCUGUUAAUUAAAUUUAGUGGCAAAGGAAAGCAGUUGUUGAAUUAAGGUAAUACCUGAGAGAUUUCAGGUUCUCGAGUAGCUGCUGGCUUUUGUGUUUUUAAUGUGACUGUAUGGGACAACCAACACACCUUUACAGUAUUCUAUUUCAGAAGCUCUGGGUCUGGUGGCUGUUACAGGACACAAAACCCACUGUCCCUGUCUUCAUGUAAUCCUUAAGGACAAAGGCUUUGGGGAAUGCCAUGUCUGGGAAAUGCCUCCCUCACUGAGAGCAGUCUGUUCAGUCUCACCUCAGAACUGCCAGCUGUGAUGGUUUAGACCACUUGUAAAAGGAGGGAAACUGCUGUUUGGAUGAGAUCUGUGAAGCCUCUCCCUCUUGAAGGGACUUUCUUAUCACUGGUAGCAGAUACAUCACAGGCCAGAAUCCCAGAGACUUCAUCAUUUAAAACCAUAGGGAGCUUGCUUUCCUUCAGAAUGAUUCGAGUUAUUUUUGGUACAUCAAACUUUCCAGUACUAUAAACUGAAAAAGACCAGCACAGCCUGUUUGGUUUUCAAGACAAGGAUGUCUAACCACAUUGCAGCUGUACUCAAACUAGAAUAUUUUCCUUGUCUUUAGUCUUUUGCUGUUUAGCAUUACAUUUGUGGUUGAAUUAACUUCAUGGCUCUUCAGAUUGAAUCUUCAAGCAAGCUUGUUUUCACUAAUCAGAAAAGAUUUCCAAUUGCUAUUAACGGUAAACCUCACUGGGAAAUGUAUUCAUGGGUCAGCAGAGAUUUGUUCUUUUCUGACAUUUUUUGCAAAAUUCCUGAACUGAAUAAUAUAUUAGGGAUUUUUACAGAGUAAGUGAUGUAUGUAUGCACAGGCUUUUUUUAAAAACAAGGCUAAUCAAGAAAUGAACAAGGUGAAAUUUGCUGAUUCUAUUCUAAAGUUCUGAAGUAAAAAAGGAUGAUCUGAUUAGGAGAGCUGGGUGAGGUGUAAAGGUAUUCCUUCAAACAACAAGCUCUGAAGUACAUGGAAACAUCUUUUUGUUUUCAAAAGCUGUGGCAACCCUGAAACUAUAGUUGCAGGAUAGUAUAUGUAAAUUGCAAUGCUGAAAAUAAUAAUAAUUAAUUGAUUUUUAAUUGAUAAUUAAAGAAAAUCCAUCUCUCCAUUUGGUUCUCACCCUGUGUAAUGUACCAAAAUUCUUGGCUGAACUUGAAAUUGUGCUUUCUUAGUUAGCAAGCUUUCUUCCCAAGUUCAGGAAUGUACUUUGGACUGUAUGUGGGACAGAAGUUUUGAAAUUGCCUUCAGUGAGAUCAGCAUUUCCUUAAUAAAUGUGUUAUUAUACAGGGUGAACUGAGCCACCAUACUGGCAAUUGCUUUUGUACUUUUGAAAGGGUUGAUUUGGGUUUUACAUCUAAAUAAUGACAGCACACAGCUCUGCAGUGGUGCACCCUCAGGCUUGUAGCGUGGCAAUGAGGAACUACCCUUUCCUUACCCUGGUGGCAGAAUAGCCAUGACAAUUACCUUAAUUUGUUAUUGUUUAUAUGACAAAAGGCAUGUAGUGUCUUUCCUGUAUUUGGCUCCACAUAGACCUCUGGAAUCUCCUAAGUAUGUGUGUAUGAGGACAGACUUUUAGAGUGAAGAAAAAGAAAUUUAAGAGGGUUGACUGCAUGUAAUUAGCUUCCAGUAAUGGAUCACAUUUCAGGCAGCCAUCACCCACAAAGUCACUGUAUAGCAAAAUCGCUGGAGUCAGCAGGCUUCUGGAAAAUACCCACCACUAUUGUUUAAAUGCUUGUGUUCCAGUAUUUUUCCACAAUUAUUUUUGUUUCUGCAGUAUUGUGUUCCCUCUGUGAGCACCACUGUGGAGGUGAUUGUUUCGGGAGGAACGAGCUCUGAAUUUCCAAACUGUCCUGAGGGUGUGGAAAAAAGGUCUUUAAUGGAAACUACCUCAAUUAAAAUUAUGACAAUACAUAAUCGUGGACCUGAGGAGACCUGACACACAUUUCACGCCUGGCCCCUGACUGCCUGAGUAAAUAGAUGCCAUACUUAGCACAGAGAACAAAUGGUUUGGGCUGAGAAGGGUGAGUCAUUCAAAGCCGAGUUGCUUUUCCUGAAAGCACACAGAAAUGCAAUGAUUAAAUAGGCUUUACAUUUGGAAAAUCCUGCAGGCAAGUCUUUAAUCAGUCUUGAAAUGCCUUUCCAUGUGCUGCCAGUGGAUUUGUUUUGACACAGCGUGGUGAUGGCAGCUCUGGGUACGGCAGUCAGUUUUAGCUGCAGAGGCGGAUGGGUGACGACUGCUCACGUUACGUGAGCUCAGUGUUGGGUGUCUGACGAGUGUGCUCCUUCUGCUGCAGGUGCUGCAUUGAGCUCCACGGAGAACCAGCUUCUCCACACAAACUGAGGACAUGCCUGAGCUGUGUGGGCCACCUGAAUUCAGGGACAGUUGGCAGAUGGCACCCCUCGCUGCAGGCCCGAUGAUGCUGUUCCUGAUGAACUUGGUUUGAAACACUAGUUCUCAUUCUUGUAGAAAACCACGGUGGUUCAUGACACAUGGACCUCAGCUGUUCCAGCUCCCUGUUCCCAUACAUGUGUGGGUGUGUGGGUGAUUGUGUGUGUGCGUGUGUGUGUGUGUGUGUGUGUGAGAUUGUGUGUGCGCACACUUCUGUGGGUCCAGCAACACUUGAUUCAGCUAGGUCUUGCUGGUGGGAGAGCAGAAUUUCUGUGCUGGACGUUGUGAGUUACUGUGUGUACAGUUGAUAAUGUUGGAUGGCAACAAUAUCCCCGGAAAGCUCUCAGCUCUCUGCACACUUGUUGGAGAGUGGGUGGGAGAAGGUCAGAGGCUGCUUGCCAUAAUCAUGUGCUAUUGAAGUAUUCAUAUAAGUGAUUUGUGUUUAUUCUGUGUUCUGUUUUCUUAUGGUUUAAUACUGGAGCCUCUUCUGUAAAAACGAAGGAAUAAUUAAAUCCUCACUUAUCAGUAAUGCCAUAAUGUUUCUGCCGUAAUGAAGAAGCGCUUAAUUACUGUAUGUUACAUGUCACAUCAGAGCCUGUCACAUCACUUUUCUCUGGGAGACUCCCCAGGGAAGGAGUCAGCCAAGUUCUUGGUACAUCCCUGCCUGACUGCAGGGCACACAACUGAGCAAAAUACACCUUGUUCACCUGGCAGCCACACUCAGGGGGGUUCUCUGUGUCUGUCAGGGGCAAACUAUCUACUCAUCUCUCAAACAUUGUGUAUUUCCACAUGUAAACUUCAUUUCUUGUUGGAGUGAAGAUGUCAUUCAGAGGGGAUAGGUAAAGGGUGAUGAGAAUCUGUGAGUUAUGCUUCCAGGGAGAAAAGAGUGCCUGGGGUGGAUGAAGCAGAACUUCAUUUGAGGCAAGGGGUUACAGGAGUGCCUGGAAAAGUAAAUAAACCCCAGAAAUUUGGCAAUCUGUAUAUGGGAGAAGCCCUGAACUCUCUGCAGAGAGUGGAGGAACAGGAGGGAGAAGCUGAGGUAAGAUGCCUACCUGGAGAGGAUGCUCUGCAUGGAGAUGCAUUCAUUCAGGCAGGUGCUGGGGAGGGCACGGGAGAUGCAGGGAAUUCCCCUGUUCGGUUGCCCCAGUGCUGACACCAUGCCUUGUGUUCCACCUCCCGUAACACCACUGAUCCUUUCUCUGCUCCAGAAAGGCUGUCUGGGGCAGAGCUGAGCUAGGAGGGGUAUUAGGAGGUUUUUGCUUCUGAUGGUCAGUUAACCAGUCCCACCUGGGCUGGCCAGAGUGUUUCUGCCUGGGCACUCCUGAAGCUGGAGCUCCUGGGAGCUGGGUUGGUGGAAGGCAUCCCACCACCAGCACUGCUCCUGCUGUGAGCACUGAGUUUCCCACUGAGUGGGGUAGGGAAGAAAAGGUUCCAGCCUCUCUGGUGGCUGCUGUGUUGAUCUGCCUCUGCCAUAGUGCUACCCUACAGCUUUGCUCUUCAAGCUGAUACUUGGCUCUUCCCUGCCCAGCCUUCAUCAAGGGCUGAGGAGGUUUUUUCUUUCUAGGAGGUGAAUCAUAAAUAAUGUCCGUUCUCUGCUUUCCCACUGAAAGGUUUUUAAACCAGCUGCAUGUGCCCUUUGAAACACAGGGAAAAUGUAGUGUAUGUAAUGAAGUCAUCCGUUGUAUGUUUCUAUCUGCUUUGUAUGUAUUUUUAAAAAUUUUAAGCUGGGGCACCACUUGCCCUGCUGUAAUGUCUGCCUGGGUGACAUCCAAUAGUGUAGAGGGUCAGAUCCUUACCUGCAGUAGUUUAAUGUAAUUCCAUUAAAAUCAAAGGAGCAGUUCUCAUUUAUCACAGUAAAGGUCCUCUUGCAGAAAGUAUUUUUAACUGCCAGCAUCCUCCCUGAGCAUGAGGGAAAGAAAUCCAUGGUAAUUUGGGGUGACUAUUUAGCCAGUCUACUUUAAAGGUUCUCCUAUUUCAGUUGUGCCUAGGGAUUCCUAUCAGAGAAAGAGAUGCUGAUAAAGGGGAUGGUUUAGCACAAGUUUAAUUCAACAUUGACUUAAGCUGUCAGGGCUAAGUAGAUCAAGAAGAAUAGCACUUAAAUUAUGACAGCUUCAAGGCUUUGUAGAUAAGAGAAUCUAAUUUUAAUUAGGAUCUUCACUGAAUUUUGAAAAGAUCACAUUGUUCAUCAGUGCAUAGAAGGGCAAGAAGAAACAUGAACUCUUCCAUCUUAAAAGUAGUAUCAAACCUGUUUUUUUUUUUUCAUCCCAAAGCCUGUGAAGGCCAAUAUAACUCCUGUUCUUUUUCCUGGAAUUAUAUGAUUCAAUAUUAUUGUUUCAAAGCUACUACUAUACUGAAAAUGUUGUUGCUAUACUGCAAGACCAGUAAAGCAGACUUUACUAAAAGCAAAACUUUUCUUCAGCUGACUGAAGACAUGCCUCCCUACCAGUUUACAGGCAUUUCCCUUGCCCAACAAGAUUUUUAAAAAAUUAAGUUACUUUAAAAAUAUCAGUUUCAGGCUUUGUCUUAAGUUAAAAACUUUUAAACCAGAGUUUUAUUAAGCUUAGUGUUUAUAAUGCUAAGAUUAUAUCACUUGCUCUCAUGAGGAAUUUAUGGAUAAAUAGUUUAUAAGCAGGAAUCCUGCAUUUAAAAGACCUUGUUUUGCAGGUUUAUGUAACUUAUUUUAGAUACAGUGGCUGUCCCUACCUAAGAUCCCCACCAUUAUCAAGGAAAUUAGAAUUUCUCAGGUCUAGUAUUACCCUUAAUUCUAUUAAAUGUACUCAAGCACCAUGAAUGUAAGCCCUAGGACCUCUUCAUUCUUAGAUGGGAACAGAUGGGAGGCUGGUCUGCUGGGGUGUUUGAUAUCAAAAAAGACUGAGAAACUCCUAUUGAUAUAGGAAUGUUGUUCAAUUUUUAAACAAAUAUACCUGGGUGAAGCUCACUUUUGAAGGAAAGAAUCUGUGGAGCUUGAUUGGAAAGUGUUCAGAGAACAGAUGGUUCUCUUUUAUUGUUUCCCUCUUUCUUCUUUUUCACUUUUGGAAAUGAAGUCCUGCAAAAUUUUACAGUGAUUGGAGAAAUGGAAAAGUGGUGAAUUGCCACAGCCAAAUGAGAGAAUGUUUAAUAAAAGAAAGGGUUUUUUUUAAGUCAAAUUGUCUUAGACUCUGCUAAUUUAUUUUUCAGUGGCUAAUUAACUUCAGAUAAAAGAGAUUGUAAAGUCUCUAAUAUCAAUUUCGGUCCUUCAUGAAGAUGCAAGAACUCGAACAUCCUUGAUGCAUCCUUUAUUAAGCCUUGGAAAGUGUGAAAGACUAAACUCUUGAUCUUUCAAAUUGAUCUAAAGGAGACUAAAACCAAGAAGGUUUUAGCUUUGUCCUCUUCCUCUGUCCUUGACCCAGCAGCUGUAAUUUAGCCACCAAAUUGAUGGGGAAGACAAGCUUCAUCCAAAAUAUCUAUCUUCUCUCGUGUCAGCUACAAUGGAAGUAAUAUUUGGUGUAGAGGUUUUAAUUUUGUUUAAUUUCCCAAAGUUUCAAACUGACCUGUGCAUCUCUAAGUAUACAGAAACUAAAAACCAAAUUUGCAAAACCUCAAGCAAAAGUCUGAUUGUGUUUAGAAAUCUGGCCUUGAUGAGGGGACUUAAGGCUGGAUUACUCAGAUUGUUUUGGAAGUCAAGGGGAUUAAACAUUUCUCUUAAAUAAGGAGGCAUCCUUUAGCAUCUCCUUGAGGAAGACAGAGAUUGUAAAUGCCUGUUUAGGAAGAUGGUAAAAGCCAGAAAUCAAAGCAUUUUUCUUUAAUAAAAAGAAUUCUUUAUUUUAAAAAUGCAGAGCAGCCUGGGAGAAUGAAGACAAGCCCAGGACCCCAUCUUUUUGUGCUGAGCUUUGGUGCUCACAGAUCUGAGUGAGGGUAUGUUGGAAUAUUGCUGUGGGUGGGGUGAGAAUCGAUGAGAUGGGAGCUGCUUUUUCAGGCUCUGCCUGGAGAGAGGGCAAGGUGUGGCUUUGCCAGUUUGGUGGGUUGUCAGCCUGGUCAUCAGCAAGAGUUGGCCCUGCUCCUGCCUGCAUGCCUGGAACCUUCCCCACCAUGCGUGGGACCGCUGUGGUGCUCACCCAGAUCAUCUCCCAUGGGGCUCCCCCGGUGUGGGGGUGUUUGUGGCAAGUGUUUCUUCCCUUUCCACUUUGAUUUUUUUCCUUCCUGUUAUUCACUGAAGGGAAGGUUCAGUCCUCUGUGUCAAUGCAGAACAAUGACAUACCCCAGCAGGGCCCAAGGGCUGGGGAGUAAUCUGCAGAUACAUCCAGCUCCAAGCUCUGCAGAACAGCUUGUCUUCCCCACUCAUGAUUCUCAUAAUGGGAGGAAGCGUGUUUAGAUAAGGAGUCUCACAUUAUGAGAGUGCUGUUUUCUACAGGCAAUGUGCUAUCUGUAUCUCUUGCACACAGGGCACGAGGGACUCUGGCAUUGUAAGAGCAAAGCCUAAAGAGCUCCUCCAAAACACAUGCAGCUUGCUAGUAACCACUUUUUAAAGAGAGGGCAUUGCUUUUAUAUCCUGUUUUCUAAGACUACUGUCAGAGGAAAACUGUGUUUACUUCAGCGUCUUGAAUGAGGAUGAAGGACUCAGAGUAUCCAAAUUCUUGGCUACUCAUUAGAACUAAAGGUCUUGGUAUCAGAUAUCAUAUCCUAAUGGAGUAUUAAUUAAUCAUCUGGCUGGGAAAGUCUGGCUUUAGAAAUAUGUGACAUACUGAAGUGCUUCCACUUUUGUUCAUCAAAUUCAGCAUGAAGAUCAAUUUGUGCAUCUGCAACCUCUUCAAAAGUAGCUGACAACAGAAUGGCUUGUUUGCUCAGAGACAAACUUCUGUGGCUUGUUACAUGAUAUGGAGUAUCUGAGUUCACCUUCCUGUCUUGUAUUUGCAGUUAUCCUAGAAAAGGGGGUUGGGGAAACAACAGGAAACCUUGAGACAGACUAGGAUUAAAAAAAUAUACUCUGUGACAGAAUUUUAUGAUGGAAUAAACUGUGUUUUACGUUAUCUCCUUAUACACCCAGCUGUCUAAACUAUUUUCACUCACCUGAGACCUGUCAGUGUUGGGAACAUCUGCCAAGAUGUUCCACUGAUGAUGAUGGGUAUGACAUUCAGCAAAACACUUGCAAAAUUUUAUAUAUGGGGGGAUGCCAUAUGUUUUUCCUGAUCAUCCCUAUCUACCAUUAAAGAACUCUAAAGUUCACUCAAGGUUUUCCAGCAGGCUGGUUUUGAAUUGAAUUAUCAAAGACCUUGCAUUACUCUUAAGCCCUCAAGCACAUUUGCACUUGCUCCCCCUUGCUUAAUGUACUUGUUAUAAAAGUAAAAGGUACUGUCUUUUCUUAGACUUGUGAAUAUAGCUGAGAAAAAGGGGGGGACCCAAUAGACAAGAUCUUUCAAACUGCAGAAACUGAAAAAUUCUUGCUUGAUUCUUUUUCUCCCAAUUAUGUCAGUUGGCUACAAAAACAUGUCAACUUCUCCCAUGUAUUUUGCCAGAGGCCUUAUGACAGCUAAAACAAUGCUGUUGCUGCUUAAAUGGAUACAGUGUUUUCAACUUUUGAGAGCAAAUAGUAUUCAUCAUCUCACUAAUAUUGAUAGUCAUAGAAGAGACUACUGGUUUACCAAUCAACUGCUUGUUUUAUAAGUCUGUCUCAAAACAGCCCCAACACCACUGUCCACUUUUCAAUAUAACCUUGUUCCAGCCCACUGACAACAUUUAAGGCAGAGUCUUCUGGCAAAUUGGAGAAAACAUUAAUUGGUAAAUCUGGAAAAAAUGGGAUUUCAAACAAUCCAAAUGUAAUGAUUGUCACUAGAUGAUCAGAAAGAGUUUGCCUAUUAUUACACAGAGUUUUGACAGAUUUGCUAAUCACAUCUGUCAUUGCUGCAGAUUUGGGCUGCAAUUUGUGUUACUGCACAGCCCCAGACACCCUUGUCUCUGCUGGGAGAGUAAAAUCCCCCAGUGAGGUCUCCUGAGCAUUUCAGUGCUACUGCACCAUCCUAAAUGACCAUGUGCAAGGCUAAUGUCAGAAUUUCCAGUGAGGAACAAGAAGCCUCUUGUGCACAGAAGGCACAGUAUACUCAGUAUACUCAUGUCCAUAAAGCACAGGUUCACUCUAGAAAAGACCUGAACAAAAUCUACAUUAAUAGAAUGUAAUAGAAGUGGUGACACAGCGUGUGACCAGUUGCACGGUUUCUGGUAUUUCUAAAGUGAUUAAGUAUAAAUAAUCAAACCAUGAGAACAUUUUUGCUGCUCUACAGGCAUCUUGGCACCAUCAUGUCAGCUUUGCAGGGACAGCCAGUGAUACAUUAGUCAGAGGAUAAGGUAAUGGGUUCACAGAGCACAUCAGCAACAGAUCAGUAUUUCAAGCAAAACAGAACUAAUGGAAAAAGAAUCUUCAGGACAUUUCUGCACAAAAGAAGCCAAGGGGAAAAUAUUAAGAGAACAAGAAGAGCUAUAUUAUCCUACAAAACUGUGUUUUGUGAUGUUGCAGCACGAAAUUGAAGUUGGUGCCAAUUCUUGUCUCUUAGAAGAGAUUUCUAAGCAUUUGAGAAGAGUUGGUUCAAUCUGAUGUGGAAAAGUUGCCUUCUUUACUUUUUGAGAAGUUGUUGAUAUUUUGUGAACAGGUCCAAGUAGUGUUUAAAUUUUCCUGAGGUUUUUUUUUUUUUGUUUUUUGAUGUUAUUCUUCAGUUUAAAAUAAAAUGUCUUACUUUACUACUCCAUAGAAAAAUUAUAUUUUAACCUUGAGGCAUAUAUACUAGUUUUAUUUCAUUUAAGCCUAUUCAGCUGCAAAGCAAGUAGUGUGAAUCAAAGCUGUUGGUUUAGAUGUUUUAUAAUUUGUUGGCUUCCAUUUAAAGCCAAUAACCCUAACACUUCGUGACUGUGCUAGUUCUCAAAGAAAUAACACACACAUGCAGCUUUCAUUGGGAAGGCUGGAAUGCUAUUCUGUUAACAUUUUAAAAGCUAUGAAAACUUUCUAUUAAACAGUGUGAUUUUUGUGCUGUCGAAUUAUUCCUUAACCUCAUUGAAAGAGACAAUAGAGCUCUUUCUGCAGCUGUCAUUGCUCUGUUGAGCUGAGGUGCACCUUCCUGAAAUGGUUCAUGCGAGGCUGCUCAGUGUGAAAUGGAUGCAGCGACCCAGCAGCGCAUCUGGAGAGCCAGCUCUGCUACAGGGCUUUGCAUGUAGCCACUGUGGGUGAAAACUGCUUCUGGAUGCAAUUAUCCUGGCACUGCGUGAAGGCUCAGCAGUCAGACAGUGCUGCUCCUGCAGGAGUCACAGUCUCUGGGGGUUUAAAUCAGUGUAGUGAGUACCGUGCUACACUGAUUUACAACAGCGAGAGCAUCGCUCCCCACGAGCCUGGCACGGGUAAUGCUCGGCUUCCUGGAGCACAGCAGCCUUGGAAGGAGGCUGGUCUCAGCUCUCCAGGAAUGGAGUUGCUCCUUCAGUGCAUGGGAACAGUUAAGCUCACUUGCACAAAACAUAUGUUGCUUGCAUAAGAUACAUUUUGGGUGAAAACUCUGCUUUUAAUUAUAGACGGCUGCAUAAAAUGUCAGUGAUUAAAGCACAGAUUUAGCAGUAUUGUUGGCCUGAAGGAUGCCAGCCAGAAAGCAUGUUUCUCCUCCUGUUUACUCCUCUUGGAGCAGAAUUUUUCCAACUUUAUGAAAGUUUUCUAUUCAAGUGAAAAAAAAUCAACCAAAGAGGAAAGUAGUAUUUCCUCAUCUAUUCUGUCUCUCAAGUUUUCUCAACAGUAAAAUUUCUCAGGAGCUGAGCAGGGUGGUUUUGAAACAGGGAAGACUGAAGAUCUAAUAUCUUAUUUCAAAGCAAGAAAUCUAAAAGUCAGGUUUAUGUUGUCUGAGGCAAUCUCAGCCUUUGGUUUCCUUUUGCCCACAGGCUGAUGGGGAAUGCCCCUCCUUUAAAAUCGCCAGUUGCCACUGAUAAGUAAAAUUCCUUCAGUAAUUCUCCAGAGCCUGAGAUAAUUAUAUCCAAGGCAAAACUGACAAGGUUUGAAAUGUGAGCAGAUAUAUACCCAGCUGAGCAGGAUCCACUUAAGUAUUUGUUCUGACUUAGCCAUUGUCACUCCAAAAAUACUGCCAUGGAGGAAAAUAUAAACAUGAUCCCUUCCUUUUUGGGAUUGUUACCAUCUGUAUCAUAGUUACCAAGUAUUUCUUGCUUAAAUUGCAUUUAAAAUUAACUGAGUCUAUGCAUCGCCUGCCUUUAGUGUAAUCAUAAUAUAGUAAUCACAGCUCUCUUCACAGAAUGUGGUCUACUUCGAUAAGCAUUUUGCUUUAGCUUUGAGUAAUGUUUUUUGACAAGUGCUAUUUUUGCCACUUCUUCUAUAAAUAUAUAGGUUAUUAUUAUUCUGCUGUAGUGAUUCACUUCUGUACUCAUUCCUCUGGAAGUACAUUGAAUUACACCAGCUGAGAUUAUGGCCUCUGCUGUGCUUUUCAGAAUGUUUUCUUUUAGUCUCCUCUAUUUUUAGGUCAAUUACUGAGUCCAAAUCACAUUACAGGACUGAAGAUAGCACCUGUCCUUUUAUUUAUAUCCUCAUAUUUUCUGAGUUCCUGUUGCUGCUUUUUUUGACCUCCCUUCUCCAUAUAACUGCUUCUCAUUAUGCUGUUUCCUGACUUAACCUAGAUUACACAAUAUCUGUGUAGAUUCAAUAAUCCCUUUGAAAGAAUUAAUUGAGCAGAAAAUGCUAACAGGAGACCUGUGGGUUAACCCCAACAAAGGCAAAAUCCUAAAGCACAUAAGGAGGAUACUUUUUAAAUGAGGUGAUUAAUGGUAAGAUCGUAUUUUACUGUGAAUGCUGUGCAUGAAUUACUUUGGCAAGGUUUGUUGAGAGGAAAAUGUUAUAAGGAGUACUUCCUGGAAAACCAAAUUCUGCUUCUAAGAAGGAUCCUUACCACCAGGAGGGAACACAAAAGGCUGCCUUCCUUUUCUAAUCUCCAGUUUCUGCAUUUCUUGAAAAGUCUGACAGAAGUCAUUUGAUUCACAAGGUGGUUGCCAGCUACGCGUUGCCAAAUGUUGGAGAAGUAGAGAGGAGCCACGCAUGUGGCUCUGGUCUCUGUCUGCAGUCAGACUGGCUGCUUCUGACAAAUGUGGAAAGCCAACCAAAGUAGCAACCAUCUGACCCUCAAAGAGCACUCACUUGGAGUUACCAAGUUUGUACUGUCAAAUGUAAUGGCCAAGAGCCAAGGUUCUUCUGUGUGAAGUGCCCAGUUAAUAGCUGAAUGAGUAUUUGGGAGUCUUGGCACAUAGUUAGGCUUUGCUGUCAUCUGACCUUUUCUAAUCUAAUUUAUUAUAUGUAACGCAUAACUUUCUUUAUGUAGAGUAUUUUUUGUCUUUAAUAAUUAUACUUUAUCCUUAAAAAUAAGCAGUACUGAUAUAUCUAUGGCAGUGUAAAACUGGAAUUACUCACAAGUGUGGCAGAUUUUAAGCACAUUUCCAACAUGAUUUAUAGAGAUAACUUCAUAUGCUCAAAGAAACUUACAUUUCAAGACAGAACAGCUCUUCCCAAAAUUCUGCUCUUGCACUAGGAUGGGCCACUGUCAUUUCAGGCUAUUCAAGCAUCAGAGUUCUCCACGUCAGUAUUCGGUCUGUAUUUUACCAUGACCAGUUAAAGAUCAAAAUAAGGGUAUCAGUUUCUUGUGCUCUAUCUCCGAUUCUGCAUCACUUUACCUAUAAAGUGCCAUUCCUGUGGGUUUCUAGCUGAAAUUUGAGCUGUGCCAGAACUUGGCAUGACUUCUCGGAUCCCACAAUGAAAUGGCCCUGAGAGGAAAAAAGGAACAAAACAGUAAGUAGGGGGUGAAAAUGGUACUAGUAAUAGAUUAAUCCUUUUUUCUUCCAAAUAUGGCACUGAAUUUGACAUGUUAGGAAUGUUGUCUCCAAUUGCCUGUUUCUCAACAAUGUAAAACAAUUACAAUUUUGAUUGUGAAGAUGUGUGUCUAAGAUUAUGCCUUGAGAAUAAGGUUGGGGUGAGUUAUGUGGCAAGGGUUAAGAAUUCAGUGUUUGAAAUCAGUUUCUGAAGAAGAAGUGCACAGCUCUCAUUUUCCAGCCAGUUUGAACUAAAACAGCUCCUGAAGAACAUUUAUGUUUAAGGUGUUUUGAGCUCCCAUCUCUGGUAUUGCUGUCACUGCUGUUAAUUGCUUACUUGGGUUUCUUUUCACUUAGUGCUGAUUCUUGUCCCUGGAAGACCAUAAAUUUACCGAGAAAGAAUUCUUUCUUUGCCCUCAGCAAAUCUGAAUAAUUAACUUUUAUUUUAAUCAUUAUGCUCCUUAGCCGACAGUACCUUUGUGAAAGAAAAAGAAAGAAAGAAAGAAAGAAAGAAAGAAAGAAAGAAAGAAAGAAAGAAAGAAAGAAAGAAAGAAAGAAAGAGAAAGAAAGAAAGAAAGAAAGANGAAAGAAAGAAAGAAAGAAAGAAAGAACAUGUUGAAUUAAAACAAGAAAGUGCUGCAGUUAAACAUCAUGUCAGUCACUCUGAUAGUUGAAUAACAUGCUAUUUUUUCAGGGUUACACACUUGCCUUCUCAGCACUAUUUACUGUACCACUAAUGCUUCCAAAGCUUCUUUUUGCAGCAACAAUCUGCCAAAAGCUAAAUAAUUUUCAAUUGGCAGGGAGGAAGCUUUGUGUUUGCACCUGGAAAAUAUUAGUAAUAAUUCCCUGGCCAGGGGAGUGCCAGGAAUGGGGGCCAAGGGUAUGCCCAGAGCAGGAGUCAGAGCUGUGCCUUGUGCAAUCACCUUCCCCACAUGGGUGUUCCCAGGGUGGGAGACUCUGAAACCUCCAGUUUGGUAAGGUGGCGCAUUACCAGCACCUCCUUAGCUGCCAUCCUGCAGGGGACCCGCAGUAACUGUGUGGGUGUCAUGACCAGUGCCAAACACAGGGUAGUUUGUAGUUGCUUUGGGCUGAGUGGACAAGGUUUGUGCAGGGGAAUUCACUGUGCUCUUUAUGAAUGUGUUUAUUUUUACUUCCUGCUGGGCAUUUCCUUGGUCACAGUUUGGCCUUCAGGACUAAGAUACUCCAGAACAUUGUUGCUUUUAUUGAAGAUUUAACAAGCGCAAAUUUAAUCUGUACUGUCCCUUCAUGCUCAGGCUCAGAUUCAUCUAAAUGUCCUUGAAAAACACAAGGAAAGAUGUUUUGUAUCCCAAGAUGUCUGCUUCAAGAGUAAAACCCAAAGUGAAUAAAGAAGGCAUUAAAGUGG